AUGUCCAGGUCGUACGAUCGCGCUCUUACUGUCUUUUCACCCGAUGGCCAUCUAUUCCAGGUCGAAUAUGCUGCUGAGGCUGUGAGAAAAGGCACUUGUGCUGUAGGUGUCCGAGGAAAAGACGUGGUAAUUUUGGGUGUGGAGAAGAAGUCGGUGCUACAGUUGCAAGAUUCGAGAACAGUGAGAAAGGUUGUGAUGUUGGAUGAUCAUGUCUGUUUGGCGUUUGCUGGUCUUACGGCGGAUGGCCGAGUCCUGAUUGACAAAGCUCGGAUAGAGUGUCAAAGCCACCGUCUUACGGUCGAGGAUCCCGUCACUGUUGAAUACAUCACAAGACAUAUUGCUGGUAUCCAGCAGAAAUACACCCAAUCUGGAGGUGUCAGGCCGUUCGGCAUUUCAACAUUGAUCGUCGGAUUCGACCCCCAUGAUAGCAGACCUCGUCUUUACCAGACUGAGCCAAGUGGAAUCUAUAGCGCUUGGAAGGCUAAUGCCAUUGGUAGAUCGUCGAAGACUGUCCGUGAAUUUCUAGAGAAGAAUCACAAGGACGACUUGUCUCGAGAGGAAGCCAUCAAGCUCACCGUCAAGAGCUUGCUCGAAGUCGUACAAACGGGUGCGAAGAACAUUGAAAUCAGUGUGAUGGAAAGCUACGGAAAGGUCACGAACCUGGACUUGUCACAAAUUCAGGCCAUUGUUUCUGAGAUUGAAAGAGAGAAGGAGGCUGAGGCGGAAAGAAAACGAUCCAGACUUGCAGCCACAGCUGCGGGUCAGGCAGCUAUGGAAUCACUAGCUACGGAGUCAUCAAGGUAG